AUUCAAUAUCAAUCAACAGGUCUGUCAAAUGGUAUUGAAGGUUGUAUUUUUGCAUGGUCUUAUGCAAAAUGCUGAAGCAUUCAGAACGCAGACCGCAAAAUUUGGCGAGCUUUUCUCAAAAUAUUUGAAUAUUACCUAUCUGGAUGCGCCACACCUCCUGACCGAGCAUCCAGCCUUUAUAGUUCAAGUUAAUGAGAACAAAACAGAUGAGGAAAUCAGAGUUAUGGAGGAUGAGUUCAGAGAACGCCAUUAUAAGAGACACGGAAGGAGCGAUGAUUACGGGCGAACUUGGUACUACAUUGAGACCCGUGGCAAAUACUCUCAAAGAUUGAAAAAUGUUGAAGUUAUCGGACUAGAUGAAUCGCUAAAUAUGGUAAUAGAAGAAUGUAAAAAGGCUAAUGCUGAUGGAAUAAUGGGCUUUAGCCAAGGCGCAAUAAUAGCCUCAGUUGUGGCAAAACAGACUCUACUCAACCAAAACUAUGGAUGGAAACCUAGAUUCUGUGUCUUGUUCAGUGGGCCAAUGCCUAAUUGUCUUCCAGUAAAAAAUCUACUCAAUACUGGCUCACCGAUUGCAGUUCCCUCCUUACACAUUUUGGGAACCAAUGAUAAAAUCGUACCAAACAAUCGCUCUAUACCUCUAGCCGGGUGUUAUUCUGAUCCUAUCAUCCAUUAUCACGAUGGAACACACACCGUACCUGAUAAUGACCUCGGUGUCCUCGAGACAUUCCUAGGUAAAAUAAUAGCACAGAUUCCUGGUUCCGGUGCUGGUAGAAAACGAUCACAUUUACUGAGAAGCAAAGCAGGACUUGGUGAGAGCUAUGAAUCUGCCAAUGUAUUGCUUAAAACUGUCUAUAAAUUGACUGAGGAGUCGUACAGAAAGUAUGGCGUAACUCAAGGAGUUCUCCCUGAUCAUCUACUCAAUCCGAACUCAUUUCUUCUGGAUGAAAGUUCAAUUUACACUGAUUUUAACAACUGUAACAUAUAUAACAUAGGAUCUAUCGUACAAUUGGAUACAAACGAUGUCUUUAAUACACUCCCCGAGGGACUCUGUGGUGAUGCCACAAAGGAUAUAGUAUUGUUGCCAGAAGGGCAACCACUCGGUAUAGUAAAUAGGAAGCAAUCCGUGGAACUAAUUUCACAGCUAAAGCAAUAUUCAUCCUCCGGCACAAAUACCAUCAAGUCAAGAGGCGUACUGUUAGAUGGGAAAAGAGGUAGCGGAAAGAGCUAUAUAUUGAAUCAUGUAUCUCUCUGGGCUCGUAAUAAUGGGUGGAUGGUUAUAAUUGAGCCAUCACCAUCAAAAUAUGCAAAAGAAGUUGGUACAAUCAAGCGAUCAAAUGCAGGUGUAUACAUACAGCUCGAAUUCGCAAAGGCAUUCUUGGAGCGUUUAAUAUUGAGCAAUAAAACAUACCUCUCAGAAAUUCCUGUUAUCCAAUCGCUCUACGGGAGAGUAUCACUGGAUGGAAAUUAUGUAAAUUAUAGCAAAAGAUCGUUCGACCCUGUCAUUGAAAACAUAAUCAAGGAAGAACUAGAAAUAUUAAAAGAGGAAUCCCAACCAGAUGAAAUAGAAUGUGCGAAAGAGACACUAAAGUUAUGGGAUUGUUAUCGAAGACAGUUCAAAAUUCCAAUAUUAAAGGAGCGUCUAGAAAAUCCAAAGACGUUAUUAGAUAUCGCAGAGUUUGGGGUAAAUAACGAAACAUUUGCAAAUCAAGCAGUUUAUGAAAUAUUUGAUCAAUUGAAACAUCAAACGAAAUUUCCAUUAUUGAUUGUUGUGGAUGAGUUUAACGAAUGCUUUCCCGUUUCUGAAUAUUUGUCAAUAAAGUAUGAAGGCACAAAAUUCGGAGGCUGGAUCCCCAGCUACCACCUAUCCAUGCCACGACUCUUUUAUAAAUUUGAUGGAGACCAAUUCAAAAACGGAUACAAACUGCUUGCAACAAGCUGGACACGCAACCCUAGGAGGAAUUACAAACCAGAAUAUUUGGGGAUUAUGCCAAACGAAUUAAGAACGGUCAGAAACUUUACGCCGAAAGAAUAUGCCAACUAUAUACACCAUCUGCAGAAUACACAAGUUAUUUUCAACUUCCCAAAUGACAAAACAAACUAUUACUACAUGCUAACAGGAGGGAAUGGCUUCGAGUCGAGAAGACUAUUGUCAAAGCUAUAUUAAAACUAAUUUUCUGGCAAUUUCAAGACAAAAAAUUCGUGUUCCAUUGCCUCUUCUGGGGAAGGUCUCGCAGAUGAGUCCGGGUUCAAAAUAUACUUUAUGAAUUCAGC